GUUAGAAUAUUAAUACUACAUUGUGAGAAUCUGCGUUUUAGAAAUACUUAACGUAAUAAAGGAUCAGAACGCAGACAUUCCUAGUCUUGUAAAGUGAGACAUGAUAAUUAAGUAGAAUAAGAGUAUUUAUCAAUUUAGUGUAAAUUGUGUUUUUUAUCAUAAUAAUUACAAAAUUAUUGAUUAAAUAUUUUUUGUCAAACAUUUAAAAGCUUAAGCUAGAAUGGAAAAUAGUUUCUAUUUAACGUGCCCAUUGGAUAGAAAUCAUAGAAUUUUGGUGGGAGGAUUACAGAAGCAUCUUAAAAAAUGUAUAAAAAGUCGUUCCAUGAAUGGACUUACUAAGUGUCCAUACAACCGACAACAUCAAGUUGAUGCUUCACAGAUAUUGGAGCAUUGUGAUACUUGUCCCAAUGGUAAAAAUAUACUGAAUCAAAAAACUACUAACAAAUGUAAACAAAAUUCUUCAAAUAACGAUGGUUUUCCAAUACGAAGCUCUAUCAAUCAUCCUAAACCUAAUAUAACUAUUGAAGAAAAACUACCGGAAUUAAGACAGAACGGUAAUCGUUUUCUUAGCAUAAAUGAUGCAUUAAUCCAAGAAAAUGUUUACAAAAAUAAGGAUGAUCUUUCACUUAAUAAUGCAUCUUCAAUGAAGAAUGCUGCUUGUCAUUCUACAACUACACUUGAAGAAAAUGGUACUACUUCUUCAAAAGAUUAUUUUGAAAUAGCUGCCGAAAGUCAACUAGAAAAAGAAAUAUUUCAUCCAAAGCCUCUUAGACGUCCGGCCAUUGAAACGUUACGAACAUCGAUAGUUAAAACGCCCAUGGAAGAGCCUUGUAUUCAAAGAAUGGAAAUACAUAAAACAGAUAAGAUCUCUUCUGAAGUUGUUGGAAUGAUAAACUCAGAAUCAGAUCAUACAAUUACAAGUGAUACCAAUUCAAAGGAUUUGAGCUCACAUUGUGCUAAUCAACCAAAGUCUUUGGCAACCAAAGAUAUUGGAAUUGCUGAGCUUUAUGAAAAAUUAAAAAAAUUAAAAGCAGACGAAGUUGCUAUUAAAAAAGAAUUACAAAUUUUGCGGCAAAAGGAAAAAAAAAAAUGAAGAACAAAAAAACGAACUUAUUAAAAUAUUUAAAAACAUAGUUUUUCUGCCUGCUGAUGAUAGUAAUGAUGAGAAUAAUAA